AUGUCACUCGAUGGCAUCAAGGUGUGGCUCGACACAAUAGACAUCAAAUAUUAUGAAAGCAGGUUGAAUCUAAUGUGGCGUGCUAUCCUGAAGAAACUCACCGAUGUCCCAAAAAGCUUCAUUGUAGGUGGCGGAUGGGAGUUUCUGAAUUUGGAAGCUACUGAUUCAGAAUCUGAUAACUCAGAUAAAGUUUACGAACAAUCGGAUACUGAUGACAGUGAAUCAGUUGUUGGAUCUGGGGAGGAUGAAGAGGAAGAAGACUCCGAUGAGGGUUCAGAGGAAGAAGACUCCGAUGAGGGUUCAGAGGAAGAGAAGGGAAAGACAUGGGAAGAACUUGAGAGGGAAGCAAGCAAUGCAGAUAAGGAGGAAGGGAACGAGUCCGACAGUGAAGAAGACAGUAAAAGAAGGAAGGCUAAAGCUGCCUUUGGUAAGUUGCGAGGCGGUCAAAGUAGUAGUAUGCCAAAGCGGCGCAAGUUAAGAUAG